AUGAAUUUAAAAUUUUGCUUAUUUUCAUUUUAUUUUCUGUUUCAAUUUUAUUUGAGCAAGGGAAUUACAUUUGAUGAAGUGAUAAACUCUGUUGAGAUAAAUUCAAUUGAGAAUGAGGAAUUGAAGCAAGAUUUGAAAAAUAAUCUUGAGUAUUUGGAGGGGAAAUUAAACUUUUUUAAAAACAAAAUUAACAAGAAUAAAGCUUUGGGAGAAAAGUUAGAGUCAGCCGCUAAGAAGUUAUGCAAUAAAUUGAAAGUUAUGGUGGUAAAGAGUAAUUGGGAUAAUUUUUCUGUAUUUUUAGACAAUGGAAUAACUAUCUUAAAGAAAAUUUACCAAACAAUGACUAAGGAGUAUAAAGACUAUGAAAAAAAGUAUUAUGUUAAAGCUCUCGCCAUAAUUUCUAACAAUUGGGACAUAUUCUCAAUUAUUUUUGAUUUAUGGCAUCAAAAAAUUCUUUUCUUUUCUCAACCUUCUGUUUCUCAACCUUCUGUUUCUCAAACUUCUACCUCUCAAAAUCAUUCCCAUCACCGCCGUUCAAAACGUGGUUAUAAUUACUAUAAGAAAACAGAAGAGGAACGUGAGAAGGAACAUAAUGAACAGGUAAACAAAUUCAAUCAACAUGUUGAUGAAGCUUACAAUUUUGUUUGUCUUAGUUAUGUGUUUUUGAACAUUAUUAUGUUCGUUGUUGUUUAUUUAUUUGCAACACAAAUAUAUCGACAACUUCAUUAG